UAAACAGGGUCAACAGUUGUUCCUUGUUAUGGUUUGGGGUGCUACUUGAUUCUAUUCACCCCUGUUUUCCACUUUUAAAUUAUGUGGUUAUUCUGCACCGUUUGUAACGAUGGAUGGUUGACUUACUCUGAUGACCUCUGUGUUUGUAUCUUCUGUCCAUAACGAUUCGCAAAUGGUUUUUGGGAUAUGACGAAAGUAGUACCGUCAGCCAAGACCCACCCAGGGUUGUAGAGCUAACCGAAGAAGUACAAGAAGAAGCUCCCUCCACAUGUAAGAUCAAAACAAAGAUCAAAUAUGUUUUGGUCAUUUAUUUACUUGUUUAUUGACUAUGAGACAAUCUAAACGACCUGUUUUACUUAGAAACAAAGGGAAUAUUUAACCAUUUGAAGUUAAUUUACCAAAGUUAAUUUACCAAAGACUAAUUGAAGAUCAAAAAAUAAGCCGAACCUCACAAAGACGCAUAAAGCAGAAUAAUAAGUUGAAAAACAGUGGAUUUGAAUUUUGAGAUGUCCGAACGCUGAUCCACUAGUUAGAACCCUUUAUUUGCUAUGGCUGGAAGUAAGGAAACUAAAAAGCGUUAUCAAGACUUGGGAUGUUAUUUUCGUUUUACCGAAACAUGCCUGGAUAUCUACAAGUAUAAAAUGGUUUAUUUCUCGGCAAUUGCAAACUGCUGCAGUUAUACUCUUGCGGGCAUUGGAUUGGUCGCUUAUGGUUUUCGAACAGGUUUCGAAAAGUUCUGCCUUGACUAUGGACUCUUAGUUAUUAUGAUGGUUGUUUAUAAUUGUCAUAUAACAAUAUGUUUAAUAUAUCAUAAAAAAUGGAAGGCAAUGAGACAGCAAUUUGUGGCUGGUUUUUCCUGGAACUUAGAUAAUUUUGCACCUAGUUAUCGAAUGGAAAUUUUGCGAAUAUCAUCAGGAAACGAAGAAAGCACUAAGCUCGUUGGUCUUGCUACUGCACUUAUUACAAUAUCUAUUCAGGUCGACUUUUAUUCAAGCAUUAAAGAAAUUAUCCUCUACUUUGGUAUUCCAGAACAUUUCAUACCCAUAAUUUUGGUGGGUAUCUACACGCAUAUUGUGUAUAUGUCGUUGAGUUCAGUUAUGGCCACAUACUACAUUUUCUACUUCUUGUGGUUGAUCAGAAUUCAACAAGUAGUGCUGCGGAGCAUGGCUGAUAAGUUUCGAAGCAACAUUUUGCUAAAUCGCAGUGAUAAUUUUGUGGAAGACGCAUUAAAAUCGAUAAUCAAAAGCCACCAAACAAUAAUAAGAUGUUUUAGGUUGGUUAAAAAUGAGUCACAUGUCCUACGCCUUGGUACAAGCAUUUCCAUGUUCCUCUGUCUUGGUUUUUUUGUAUUCUUGGUUACAUCACCCUUUCAUACGAGCAUGCAGGGUCAAGUUGGGUUUAUAUCUGUGCACAUAUUUAUAUUUUAUUUGUCGCAUGAAGGGCAAAAUGUGGACGACGAGAAUGAACAGUUUCACAUGCUAUUAUAUGAGUUCAACUGGUAUGCAUGGAACACAAAAAACUGUAAAAUAUUCGCAAUAUUCUUCAUGAACACCGCAGAAAUGGCAAAGGAGCAGGGAAGUGCUUUAUUCCAGGUUAAUCAUGAAUAUUUUAUGAAGACCGCAAGAAUGGCAUACGCUUUGCUCAACCUACUUAGAACAACUACUAAUUAGUAAACUAAGCUUGUUAAUAAGCUUUGUCACGGUUGCUGAAAAAUCCCGUUCACUGUCCACUUUCACAAAAAUUAAAUUCACAUUCAAGUUCCAGUUGGUAAAUGGCUGGGCGUCAAGUAAGUACUUCAAUUUAUUUUUCCUUCAAAAAUAUCGAAUUUCUAAUAAGAUUCAUUCAGACGAAUUUCAGGUCGACUUAAAUUUAUAUCCCUAUAACUCUGAGAGGUUUUCGUCGUUUUCUAGAUGAAAAAAUAUUUGUUCACCACCCAUAAAUUCGAUAACUAAAUAGUGAGCUGGAAACAAUGCAGCCAAUUUUCUUAGUCAAAUAUUCAAUUGUAGUGAAAAUAAAUGUCGUGAUAAUGCAACAUAAUAAAAAACCAAAUUAUCAAAUAUUCAAAUAAUCCCGUUUAGCUUUUAAGACAUUAUGUGAAUUAUCUGAAUAAAUGUUGCUAAAGUUAUGAAAA